GAUGCGGUGCCGGCCAGCCGCCGAGCCCUGAGCGGAGGCCGGGACGGCAAUGAGCGCUGCCGCCGCCAAGCUUUACAUUUGAAGCCAGCAGAGUACAAGCAGUGGCUGUCAGGCACCGAGGUGUCCCCCAUGCCAGCCCCCAAGGAGCACUGUCUGUGUGCAGGCUGCUGGGCUUGAUGGCUCUCAGGAAAGCCGAUACUUUACAGCUAUUUCCGAAGUUCCUGUUCUUGGAGAGUGCGAACCGAGAUGUCAGCAAACAUGAGUCUGGAACAGUGAGGUGUCUCCCCAUGGGGAAGGAGGGGAAGACUGCUGCUUACCUGGAACAGGUGGAAUAGAGAGGAACAGAUAAGAGGGCUUCAUGACACUGCCUCAGACUGGUCUGCCCAGGUCUUGAGAGCUAAACAAGGCUGGGAAUGGUCCCUACUUGUACUGAGACAGAAAGUUUUUACAGCACUGGCUCUGAAAGGAAUUUCGUAUGAUCUGGUACCAGUGAACCUCAUUAAGGAUGGAGGACAGCAGUUUUCUGCUGAAUUCAAGGCACUGAAUCCAAUGCAGCAAGUCCCAGCCUUGAAAAUUGAUGGAAUCAUCCUUUCUCAGUCACUAGCUAUAAUUAAUUACCUAGAAGAGACACGUCCUAACCCCAGGCUCCUGCCCCAAGAUCCAAAGAAGAGAGCCCAAGUCAGAAUGAUCGCUGAUCACAUUGUCUCUGGCAUUCAACCACUCCAGAACCUGAGUGUCCUGAAACAAAUGGGGGAGAAAAAAAUGGAAUGGGCUCAGAACUGUAUCACCUCUGGCUUUCAAGCACUGGAGCAGAUUCUGCAGCAGACUGCUGGACGCUACUGUGUGGGGGAUGAAGUUUCCAUGGCUGAUCUGUGUUUAGUGCCUCAAGUUGCCAAUGCUGAAAGAUUCAAAGUGGACAUGGGUCCAUAUCCCACAAUAACCAGAAUAAAUAAAGCUCUCUUGGAGUUAGAGGCCUUCAAAAUAAGCCACCCUUCCCGGCAGCCAGAUACUCCUGCAGAGCUACGAGCUUGAAGCCUUUCUACUCAUUAAAUCUAGAAAGCUGGCAUGAUAAAGAAGAUAACACCUCCAAUUUGAGUAGGGAAAGACAGAAGACCUGGAAACAGUGUAGAUGGCUUACAGGAGCUGUGACUGUGCUGGAACACUUGCAGCUACUCAUUUUUUCUAUGCAGUCUAUCUCCAUGAAGCAGAUUAAAGCAGAAAUAUCCAUUAUGA